CUUGCUCUUCUUUGUGAGUUGAACCAACGCAGCAGAAGCAGUAGCAACAGCAGCACAGUCACAGCCGCCUAUAGUUUUGUAUAGAGCCAACCGCCUCAGCGUUUAGCAGAGAAGAUAUUUUCCUGCGCUCUGUUUGAAAAAUUUAUCUUCAUUGGUGUUUCAAUUCUUUGGGAUAUUUUCCGUUUUUUUCCAAAGCCACAUAUAUUGAGCCUGGAGUUCGCACAGGGUACAGCACUAAAAAGUAUUCACUCGUUCCGUUGUGUUCGUCGACCCAUGUCCAUCCGUGUGCUUUUUUCCGUCGCACAACGCCUACAGCCAAACGGGAUUUUCGCAUCCUGAGAUAGAAGUGAAACUGGAUUGCUUGGAUCGAGAAAAAUAAGAAACCUGGAUUAAGCCCGGAAUUUAAUACGCAUUUUGGAUUAAUAAGUAGUGGAAUAUAAGUGAUUCUUGUGUGCGCGAAACUUAAAGCACUGUGAUUGACAAAAAGGGAUUCGUGUGAAUUUAAUCUCGAAACCUCCCAAGUGAUUUCCGGCAGUUUUUUUUUCAGUAGGCGCUGAAGAGCAGGAAAGGGUUUAUUGAAAGUGCAUUUUAGUCGGUAACCAAGCGCUGUGUGUGUGUGAGAAUUUACCAGAUUUGCUUUCGGACAAGAAACCCCACAAAUAGUAUCAGGAAAAAAUGGCCACAGAAGUAGAUAACAAGCCUUUGGCCACCGCCGAGGAGGAGAAGAAGGUUGAGCAACCAGCCGGUGCUGAGAAAAAGGAUGAUUCCGCAGCAGUGGUAGCCGCCGCUGAUGGCGAGAAAAAAGCUGCCGAGGGAGACAAAUCCGCGGCUGAAAAUCACGCUGCAGAUGCUGGAGCGGGCGGUGACGCAGCGGCUUCUGGUGCUACUCCAGAGACGACCGCUGCCCCAGCCAAAAAGGAAAAGGAAGUUAAGCCCACCGUCCACAAGGCUAACUUUGAAAAGGAUGUUGUCUAUCUGUAUCAGUUCACCCGAACCCCACUGCUGCCAUCGCUUUCCCCGUACUGUCUCAAGGUGGAGACCUGGCUGAGGCUGGCUGGACUGACGUACGAGAACAUUGACCACAAGCUGAAGCUGCGUUCCAAGAAGGGUCAGCUGCCGUUCGUCGAGGUGAAUGGAGAGGAAAUCGCCGACUCGGCGAUCAUCAUCAAGGAGCUCACGCAGCGCCACGAGAAGGACCUGGAUGCGGCUCUCACUCAGGAACAGCGCAACAUUGCCCAUGCCAUGAUUUCGAUGCUGGAAAAUCAUCUGAUCUGGGUGCUGCUUUUCUGGCGCAGCAAAAAUCCCGACCAAAUGAUCAAGGGCUACAAGGUGAAUCUGCAGCACGCCCUCGGAAGCCGUCUGCCAAACUCAGUCCUCAACUUUUUGUUCAAGUUCCAGUUCGGACGCAAGUACUUCCAGGGCUCCAAAAAGGUGAAGGCGCAAGGACUUGGCGUGCACAAACCGGAGGAAAUCGAAGAAUUCGGCAAACAGGAUCUGAAGGUGCUGUCGGAGCUGUUGGCCGACAAGCCAUUCUUCUUCGGUGAUGAGCCAACCACCCUCGAUUGUGUCGCGUUCUCUGUGCUCGCCCAAAUUCACUACAUUUCGGAUGAGGUUAAAUACGCCCUGAAGGAAUUCAUGCAGGAGAACUGUCCGAAUCUAGUCGGCCACGUUUCGCGGAUCAAGGAACGUUGCUUCCCCGACUGGGAUGACAUCUGCACGAAGCUGGAUCUGAACGCACAUCUGCCCAAGCCAGAGCCAGAAACCAAAGAGAACAAGGAGGGUGCCGAUACCGAGAAGACCACCGAGCAGGACAAGAACGAGUCGGAGAAGGAACUCGAGAAGGACAAUUCCAACGAGAAGACAGAGAAGAAGGAGGAGAAGCCCGAAAAGGUGGAGGAGAACAAGGAAAAAGAGGAGGCAGCCGCUAAAUAAGGAGUUGCUGCCGCUGUACACAGAUGAAGCAACUAUUUAUCAGAUUUUUAACUAUUGGCUAACAAUUUCCAAGUUUUAUUUUUCUUUUUUUUAUAUAAUGGUUGACCAUUUCAUUGAUGUUGUUUUCAGUGCCGUCUUUAGUGAGACAAAUCGCUGCGAAAGGGAGAAAAAUGGCUGGAUAGUGCACGAAAAAGAAUUAGAAAAUUAGGGCUGAACGGCAUUUCUUGUAAUUGUUGAUAGCUACUCUUUAUGCUAUUCGUUUUCUGUACGAAACUGAAAACAUAAUUAAGGCCGGCGAAGAUUGUUUAAUUUUUAAUAUAGACGUGUGUUGUUGUGGAACAAACGCACCAAGGCAAAGAUUGUGAAGAAUGGUAGCAUGGGCAGGAAAACAAACAGAAACUAAAACAAUUUGCUCUAUAAGAACGAAAAAGGACAACACGGAACGGGAAUGCUUAUAGUGUUUUAUUAGUAGGAAAAUUAUCGGAACAAUUGAACCACAGAGAAUUCAACGCCAAUAUUAAAUGGAAAUGGAAACAUCCCGACAAUGUUCACUGCUUGAGCUAAUGUUUGUUUACGACAUCAGAUUUAUUUUUACUUUCUAGAGGUAGGCAAUUUUUUUAUUGCGACAUUUACUACAAUAAUACUCAGAAAUGUGAGAUGGAUUGAAAAAAAUCAACCUUUUUUGUUGUCACUCCGCUAAGCGUAAAAAUGAAAUAUGACUGCGAGGAUGAAAGGCAAGCACAGCGACAAAUCGUCCGUUCACUCUGCACAACACAUAAAUAUUAUUUUGUAGUAAUAUAACCUAAAGAAAGUAUGUAGUAAUGAUUUAUAACUAUACAUUUUAUAUUAUUUUUCGUAUAUAUUUAUAGUAUUUUAUACAAUUUUAUGUAUAAUACAGUCUCUCUUUCCCUUUAUGUUAGUUUAAGGAUAAAACGAAGAAUGAACAGAAAAAACGUUAGUUUGUCAAAUUCCAAAUUAAGUUUUGUACAAAAUUUUGCAAAAUGAAGAAAUUCUCCCAUUUUUUCAUUACGUUUUUAUUCUUCAGAUUGAAGCUAAAGAGUAAAAACCAGGUGAAGGAAAAUUUUGUUCAUGGUGUUAUUUCGUCGGAACUUGUAACGUGGUACGUUUAGGAUUUAUGUGAAGUAAUAAAAACGAAAACGGUUGCAAUUUACGUAAAGAGCAUAUAACAUAAACGAUAAAUAUCUCAAAACAUUCUAAUCUAUAUUUCCUUUUUUUUACAUGCAAUAAGAUAGUUUAGACAAAUUUUUGUUCCCUUUCCACUUUCAUUUUUCUCUGUAAAAAAUGUUCUUCAUCAAGUUCCUUCCCUCUUUCCUGCUAUAGAAGUACUGGAGCAACUAGAUUAUGGCUAGACUAUUCGCGUUCUCGAGAUACCUCCUCCUUCCGCAUACAAGAAAACAGUUCCAGAGAAAACAUUCAUUUCAAUAAUCGAUUGGUACAAUUGAAGCAAACACACACAUGCAAACAAACAUGAUUCAUAUAAAAUAGCGAAACCUUCGUUUAAAUAGGAUUAGAAUUCUGAUGAAUAAAAUAAAAGAGUGAUAACGAAAAAAAACACAAUAUCCACCUUUUUGUGUUGCCGCCACAUCGGGGGAGAGACUUCCUCUGUUGUACAAUACUCUUUUUUUUUCAACGCCGAUUUACGGAAAUGAAACGUACAAAAUGCUUUCGAAUUGAGUAAAAAAAACUUGGAACCUUAUUCAAGAAUGUUCCAAACACUGCCAAAAGUUUUGGAGAAACAUUUCCUUGUCGCACAAUUUCGGUCCAAUAGUGUUAUACCCCCCAAACAGUAGCGAUCCUCUCUAAAUAUCUUUUUUUUUCUCCCACAGGGUCAUUUCAUCUCUGAGUUUGGCUUUAGGUUUUGUGUUGAAUUAUAAUUGUAUAGCGCGAGAGCAUUGGUAAGUUAUUUUUUUGUUAUUUUAUUAAUCCAUACUUUAGUAAUCAAAUGUUGAUUGAUGGGUUCACUUCUUGUAACAUAAUGUGAGACCCACACAUUGAUCCUCGUUGAUGAAGCGAGCGCUGAGGUUUGGUUAGUCAAAUUUGCGUCUUUCGAAUAGUCACCCAAUGGUCAACAAAUUGAUGCUAGACUGAUUGUACUUGUAAGAACUGACUAGUUGCUUUUGUUUUAUUUGACGAGUAGUUGUCAUUAAUUCGUAACAAAAUCAUGAUUUCUCAUUUGGGUUAAUUUUUGUUUUGCUUUCACAUCUGGUAUGCAAGCGCGUAACGCGCACAGGAACAAUUUUGAGAUAGAAACGAAACGUAGAAAUACGAAAACCAGCACAUUUUAAAAUUUAAACCAAAAUAGACAGCUUAAACAAAAGAAGAAGAAAAAACUGUUAGAGAAAUAAACGAAAUUAUCCUACCGAACUCCAAUUGAAGGUGUUAAUACAGUUAUAUACAGUAAACGAAUCAAAUGAAGAACUCUCCGGAGCAAACGAGCAACGCCCGCAAAACAUGCUGAGAAAGCCAAGAGUGAAGGGAAAAAAACAAUUGUCAUUCGCUCAACAUUUUUACAAUUUUUUUUCGAGAAACCACUCCAAGUGGUUAUUGCCAUUUUUUAUAUUGAUUCUAUACUGUAUGUGAGAAUAAUAAUAAUAACAAAACAAGUCAUGGUUUUAUCAUCACAGAGAAAACAUCUAUUGCCAAGUUAGAAAAUAAAAUUUUACAUCUGCAUGUUUGAGAAAUAGUCACCACCACAUUCAACGUGUAAAACAUCUGAAAUCAAAAAACAAAUGAAGGGAAGAAAAAUCAUUGUUGUAUUACACAUACACACAUACAUCCAGUCAAGGCAAACAUCCACACACAAAAACAGAUAAACAAAAAAUAUAUUAAAUUUCCACUAAAAAGGUAAACACAUAAUUACUAAUAAGUAGGUAAUAAAAUAAUCAUAAAAACGUAAGUUGAUCAGACACAAAUUCACAUUUCUAAGAAAUAAAAUCAUGUCGUGUCCACGAUGGAAUCCGAUUCUUUUACUCGGUUUCUAUUCAAGACAUAAUUGCAGCCAUUUGAAACCAGAAACGAAAAAAAAAACGAGAAAGUAUAUUUCGAUAUUUGCAAAGUUUGCGUGUGAUCGCGUACGAAGGACGGUCCGCAGUACAGAUUCCUGUUUAAAGAAGAAGAAAUGAUAACACAAUGAAGAGAGCAUAAUAGUUACGCGUAGUUUAGCCAAGAAUAAGAAACAAUAACACCUUCCAUACCCCGAUCUCCAUUAGCACUCAAACGCGCAUCUUCGUGUCUUUGUGACCCAUUCGCAACCGAUCCCACGGAUCAGAUCUUGUUGAGUGAAGAACAUAGUGAGCUGGACGGCGGGGAUAAACAUAGAUUAAUUUGACGGCGCAAAAUCAACACUAACACGAACUGACGAAAAGUUUGCGAAACCGAAAGCUUCCGACAUGAAACAAAAAAUAAAACAGGCUUGUUAUGAACCAUUCACAUUUCAUCACUUUUCGUUCCGUAAGUAAGAACAAGUAAUUAUAUAGAUUAAGUGUGAGCUUGAAAUAUUGAAGACAACAAAAAAAAAAAAACAGAACAAAUCAAAGGUAAUGAAAUAUUGUGUAAUGAAAACAAAUAACAGAAAAUGUAUGUAAUCUGUAUUACAUUGAAUAUUGUCAAUAAAAAUAUAUAACAAUAA